CCCCCCCCCCCCCCCCCCCAUUCCCGAUCUGAACUCGCCGGCAGCCGCCUCCCGCCCACCUCUGUGCCUCGCCGGCCACUCGUCGUCGCCGCCUCGGCCUCCCGCCUGCCUCCGUGGUCCCGUGCCUCGUCGCGCCCUCCCACGCACACUGCUGCUGCGCCCCCGCAGUCCACUGCUCCCAGCCCCCCAGUCCGCAGACCGCAGCAGUCCUGCCCGGCGGCUGGCGGCGUGCAGCAAAGCUUCCCUCCAGAGGCACAGCCUGCACCCUGCAGCAGCCAGCCCUCCCACGAUUCAACACAGUACACAGAGGUGUUGAAGUUUGCAGAUUACCCUUUGCCAUUCUGAGAUCUAUUGUUUUUUGAAGCUGAAGUGAGCAAUUCUCAGAAUCUUGAGCACAUUUGACAACAACUCCUCAUUCACAUGAAAUGUCACUGCUUAGUAGAUUCUUCUACAAGAGGCCUCCCGAUGGAUUACUGGAGUUCAUUGACAGGAUCUAUGUUUUUGAUUCAUGCUUCUGCACUGAAGUUUUGCCGCAUGGAAUGUACCCAGUCUAUUUGAAUGGAAUUCUUACAGAGUUGCAUGAAGAGCAUGCAGAAUCUCAAUUUCUGGCUAUUAACUUCAGAGAUGGGGAUAAGAGAAGCCAGCUUGCUGAUAUCCUACAUGAAUAUGAUAUUCCAGUAAUUGACUACCCACGUCAUUUUGAAGGCUGUCCAGUGCUUCCUCUAUCUCUUAUACAGCAUUUUCUUCGUGUCUGUGAACACUGGCUAUCUACUGGGAACAGCCAAAAUAUCGUACUACUCCAUUGUGAGAGAGGGGGCUGGCCAUCAUUGGCAUUUCUGCUAUCUUGUUUUCUUAUUUUCAAGAAGUUGCACAGCGCAGAACAUAGAACUCUGGACAUUGUUCACCGUGAGGCCCCUAAAGGAUUCCUACAGCUAUUUUCUGCACUCAACCCAAUGCCCUCUCAGCUUCGAUAUAUGCAGUAUGUAGCCAGAAGAAAUAUCUCUCCAGAGUGGCCUCCUAUGGAGCGGGCGCUUUCUUUGGAUUGUCUGAUCCUUCGAGCUAUUCCAAAUUUUGAUUCUGAUAAUGGAUGUAGGCCAUUGAUCCGAAUUUUCGGUCGAAAUCUUCUUGGCAAGAAUGCUAGCAUGACUGACAUGAUUUUUUCAAUGCCUAAGAAGAAGUCCUUGCGCCACUAUCGACAGGAGGACUGUGACGUGAUAAAAAUUGAUAUCCAGUGUCCAGUCCAGGGAGAUGUUGUUCUGGAGUGCGUACAUCUUGAUCUUGAUCCAGAAAAGGAAGUUAUGAUGUUCCGGAUAAUGUUCAAUACUGCUUUUAUCCGUUCAAAUGUACUGAUGCUGAAUAGUGAUGAUGUUGAUAUACUCUGGGGUUCAAAAGAUCGGUACCCGAGGAAUUUUAGAGCAGAGGUACUGUUUUGUGAAAUUGGGGGCAUUUCUCCUCCAAGGGCUCCAACAGUAACAUUGAAUGGUGAUAUGAAAGGUGGUUUACCAAUUGAAGCCUUUUCAGCUGUUCAAGAACUCUUCAAUGAUGUUGAAUGGAUGGAAAGCGGUGACAAUGCUGCUUUUUGGUUGCUCAAAGAAUUCUCAGCAAACUCUCUGCAAGAUAAAUUUCAAAAGCUAAUACUCAGCGACAUGAAAGAGCUUUCGAAGUUCCAAGCUAAAGUUGGCCUCCAGAUGCCACUAAUGUCUCCACUGGAUUCUGAUGAAGAAAAAUAUUCUGCGGCUUCUGAUUCCGGUUAUUCAGUAGAUUAUGAGAAGGUUCAACAUGGUGGGAACUCAUCUGACUCAGAGAACAUUGAUCGUGCUCUUACCACUGAAGAUUCUGAAUCUAUUGUUUGUGCAGCUACUUCCUCAGCGAACACUUCAUCUCCCCCUCCUCCACAUGGUAGAUCCUGUGGCCUUUCAACUGAACAAAGUCUGCUGUCAGGAGAAUUACAGCACGAGUUACCUAGCUGGCAGCCGCCACCACUAUCAGCAGAAAAUGGAGACAAACAUGCUAUCUCGGCACAGGUGUCACCACCAGCAGCAGCAAAUGGAAGCAAACCUAUUAUCUCGGCACCGCCGCCGCCGCCACCACCACCACCACCAAGUGGCAGCAAACCUGUUUUCUCACCACCGCCACCACCACCACCGCCGCCGCCGCCGCCAAGUGGCAGCAAACCUGUUUUCUCACCGCCGCCGCCACCACCACCACCACCACCUCGGGUUAGUAAUGUAUCUUCUCCACAGCCUCCACCUCCGCCACCCCUGCCAAAUUCUCGGACAGGAGCUCCUCUAUCUGCACCGACCCUGCAGCCUCGGCAAAAUGUUCAACGUCAUUCAGUCCCACCACCUCCACCACCUCUCCCCCAAGCUCAAGGAAUAGCUAAGAAAUGCCCUCCGCCGCCUCCACCUCCACCCCGCCCCCCUGCCACUUCUGACAGAACAUCUACAACUACUGCCACUCUGGUGAAAGGGCCACCUCCUCCACCACCUCCACCUCCACCUGGUGCACCAUGCCCACCCCCACCUCCACCAUUGCCAGCAGGCGCUAUUAAAGGAGCUCCUCCAACACCACCACCUCCACCCUUAAUGUCAGGAAAGAAAGCUCCUGCACCGCCACCCCCACCUCCACCCGUAAUGUCAGGAAAGAAAGCUCCUGCACCCCCACCCCCACCUCCACCCGGAAUGUCAGGAAAGAAAGCUCCUGCACCCCCACCCCCACCACCUCAAGCUCCAAAACCACCUGGAACUGUACCCCCUCCACCACCAAGCUCAAAAAUCUCAAAUGCACCAGCACCACCUCCAGUAUUGGGAAGGGGAAGAGCAGCAACCGGAUCAGCAAAAGGUCGUGGCAUUGGAUUGGCACUUCAAAGUAACCCCCCAAAGAAAGCUUCAUUAAAGCCUUUGCACUGGGUGAAAGUUACACGAGCAAUGCAGGGAAGUCUCUGGGCGGAUGCCCAAAAUCAAGGGAAUCAGGCUAGGGCUCCUGAUAUUGAUAUGUCCGAAUUAGAGACCUUGUUCUCCACUGCUGUUGCAACCAAUGCAAGUGAAAAAGGAGCAACGAAGCGUGGCUCAGCUAUUAGCAAGCCAGAAAUUGUUCACCUGGUUGAUAUGAGAAGAGCAAAUAAUUGUGAGAUCAUGCUUACCAAAAUCAAAAUGCCUCUUCCUGAUAUGAUUAGCGCGAUCUUGGCUUUGGAUACGUCUGUUCUUGAUAAUGACCAAGUGGAGAAUCUCAUUAAGUUUUGCCCUACAAACGAAGAAAUCGAGAUGUUGAAGAACUAUAACGGCAACAAAGAAAUGCUUGGGAAAUGUGAACAGUUUUUCCUGGAGCUAAUGAAAGUUCCUCGCGUCGAGUCCAAACUAAGAGUUUUUGCUUUCAGAAUUGCAUUCUCAACACAGGCUGAUGAGUUAAGAACUAACUUAACCACCAUAAAUGAUGCAACAAAAGAGGUGAAAGAGUCUCUGAAGUUACGGCAGAUAAUGCAGACCAUUCUCACAUUAGGGAAUGCAUUGAAUCAAGGAACAGCUCGAGGUUCUGCUGUUGGCUUCAGAUUAGAUAGUCUUCUUAAACUAUCGGAUACUCGAGCUAGGAACAAUAAGAUGACACUAAUGCACUAUUUAUGCAAGCUUCUUGCUGAAAAGUUGCCUGAGCUUCUUGAUUUUGACAAAGACUUGAUUCAUCUGGAAGCAGCUUCGAAGAUCCAAUUGAAGUUGCUUGCUGAGGAAAUGCAAGCAAUAAACAAAGGUCUUGAGAAGGUCGAGCAGGAAUUAGCUGCUUCAGUGAACGAUGGAGCAAUAUCUGUUGGCUUCCGCAAGGCAUUGAAAUCCUUUCUCGACUCGGCAGAAGCUGUAGUUAGGUCCCUCAUUUCCUUGUAUUCAGAAGUGGGAAGGAAUGCUGAUUCCCUAGCUCAGUAUUUUGGUGAAGAUCCAGCUCGCUGCCCUUUUGAGCAAGUUACGUCGAUUUUGGUUAUUUUCGUGAAUAUGUUCAAGAAAUCACGUGAUGAAAAUGCUCGAACUGUGGAAGCUGAGAAGAAGAAAAUGGAAAAGGAAAAGGCAAGUAUGUCUACUAUAAAAGGAUCGGAGUGAGGACAUUUCUAAGCCAAUCUUCCAUCUUUGUGACCCUGCUGAGGAGCUGCCGCAGAAUGUUACAUACACCGGAGCCCGCUUCUGCUUUUUGAUGCUCAAUGUAGUACACGCAGAGGUGUAAUGUCAGAAGGCUUAGGCUCGUUGGCUGCGCGUCAUCCACUAACAUGGUUGCUCGCGGUUUGCAAGCUAAGGAACUUUUUGUGAUUCUCACUAGCGGGUGGGUCUGUGGCAAACAUUCCUGAAACAAAAUGCAGGGAGGCUUCAAGCCGCUGUAGUGUUGUACAUAUAGCAGUUGCUGAUACAUAGCUUUCUUACAUGUACAUAAAGUUAGCUCAAGUGGAAGCAAAGCAAAAAGUUCAUGAUUGUUGUAAAAUUUCUUGUAUCAUCAACAAACAAGCAGACUGGUGCUAUUUUCGCAGAGUGCGCGAGCCAGUUAUACAAUGUAUUGUGCCUUUAUGCAAUUAUUAUUAUUAUUUGUUGUUA